AUGUCAUCUCCGACAGAAGAAAGCGUACGGCGCAACAGCGAAAGUGAGAACGGCGAAGCAGAGACACCAGAACAUGACCCUCACUUUGAUCCUAUUGUAUCAUUACCGAUUGUCGAAAUUAAUACAAAUGAGGAAGAUGAAGAGGAGUUGGUCAAGAUACGUGCUAGACUUUACAGAUACGAUACUGGUGAUCACGAAUGGAAGGAGCGUGGCACUGGUGACAUAAAAUUACUAAGACAUAAAGUUAAUAACACUGUAAGAGUUGUAAUGAGAAGGGACAAGACACUUAAAGUUUGUGCAAACCAUUUUAUAACCCCAGACAUAAGGAUGAAUGUCCACUGUGGAUCAGAUAAAGCUUUCAACUGGUCAGUGUUUGCUGACUAUGCAGAUGAAACUUGUAAACAGGAGUUGUUGGCUAUCAAAUUUGGAAAUCCACAGAAUGCAGAAUUAUGGAAGGCAAAGUUUGCUGAGGCACAAGAAAUAGUCCGAACAAAAUGUAGUCUCUAUACCCAAGAUCAAUCAUCUGAUGAUGAAAGUAGUUUCACUAGAAGUGAAGACACAGACACUCCUGAGCCCAAAAGUGUAGAUAAACCACCUGAAGAAGAGUACAAAAAGGAAGAUUUGAAAGAAGAUGGUGUGGUUCUUAAAUUGAAAGAACUUAAAGUAGACAGUGAAAAAACAGAAUAA